GUAGCGAACCCCUUUCCAUUUAGUCGUCUGCCUGCUUUCGCAGAGCAAGAAGAACUUUGGUGGUGAUAACAUUUGUGUGUGGAACUUCCUCAGUCGUCGGCCUCUACUGUUCAUCUAUACGCACAAACACCGUAUGGUGGCGUCUGCUGCCUUUGGUUACUGUAACCCAAGGAGACAACUUCUCUCCUUGAUGAGUGCCCUGCCACACACAACUCGUGAGAGCAACAGUGUGACAAGCUUGCUACAGGGUUGGCCUAGACGUUGGACAAAGACUGUUCGUGAGAUUCCUUUAGAUUGAGCAGUGUGCCUUCUCAGUCAACUAAGUAAUUCAUUGGAAGGAAAUUGUUGCAUGGAGCCUAUUGCAGGCAGUAGAGGUUUUUAGUAAAUAGUAUCUACAUAGCAGUUUUUGCUUUGUUGUACCUGAAUAUUUUGUGCCUGUAGUUACCGCGCCCUUGUAACUUUGAAGGUUCUUUUUUAAAUUUGUGCCAUUUGACUUUUCAAUCAUGGUACCACCUCCUGUGUUUGAUGGCACCUCAGAGUUGCUAUCGACUGAUGUACCACAGGCAGCUGAAUCGGAUAACCAAACAGCAAGUUCCUCCCCACUUUCGAAGUAUGCUACCCCAAGAUCAUGCAUAAGCCAGUCUGAAUCUGACGAGACACCAACCCCAUCAACUGCUCUCCAGACACCAGAAGAGACAUCUCCAGAAGAUGAGAAAAAUGUAGUAAUAAAUUCACGGUCUCCAAAGAAGUCACAGGAGAGAGAUUGUCCUGAGUCGUCACCUCUUUUGGCCCAUGAUACAAAGUCACACACUCCACCUCCUGCUUGGUCACCUCUACAAACACCACCACUAACAUCCUCGGAAGAGAAGAAUGGCUCAGUGGUGGUCACGGAAAACCCAGCAUAUGGCUUGGGAAAUGGUGGUGUGAAAUUUGAGGAAGGUACAAAGGAACCAGAUAGUGAUGAUGACCGUGACAGCAUAUGUAGCAGCAGCCAUUCAAGCAAAGAAGAACCAGCUAAACCAAAAAUUCCAGAUGGUGGUUGGGGCUGGGUGGUGGUGGCCUCAUCUCUUGUCAUCAGUAUGAUAGCUGAUGGCAUCAGCUUCUCUUUUGGUCUGCUAUAUAUAGAAUUUCUCAAGCACUUUGGUGAAAGUAAGAGCAAGACAGCAUGGAUUGGAAGUCUUUUCAUGGCAGUACCUUUGUUGUCAGGGCCUAUUGGAAGCGCACUUGUUGACAGGUAUGGCUGUCGCUGGAUGACAAUAACUGGUGGCCUCGUUUCAGGCCUUGGAUUUACUCUGAGUGCUUUUUGCAACACCAUUGAGAUGAUGUACUUGACGUUUGGUGUGAUAGCAGGCCUAGGUCUGGGACUGUGCUAUGUGACUGCAGUUGUUAGUAUUGCGUACUGGUUUGACAAGAAGCGGACUUUGGCAACUGGUCUGGGUGCCUGUGGGACUGGUGCUGGAACAUUCGUUUAUGCUCCAAUGACAACUUACUUCAUUGAGACAUAUGGUUGGAGGGGAACGACUCUGCUUCUGGCAGGAACUUUCUUCAACAUGUGUGUCUGUGGUGCAGUGAUGCGUGACCCAGAGUGGUGGACACUGGAACAGCAGAAACAGUCUGCACUGUCCAAGUCAGCGCGCACCUCAUCCAGUUGUGGGUCAAUUUCAGCCAGGUCAGAAGCCAAUGACUUUCCUGGUGUUGAGGAAAUUCGUAAACUGUUAAAAAGUGGCCAAACACCAGAAUACAUACUAACAACACUAGCCACUUAUAUAACAUCAGAUGGUCCAGAGUUGGAAACUGGCACCAAAGAUAAAUCUGAAGAUGGCUUGAAGACUCCAGUAUACAGCUCUGUUGUCAACUUGCCAACAUUUGUCCGACAGAGCGAAACGGUGCCAUUGGAAGUUCUGGAAUCAUUAAGUGCCAACAAACGCAUUUUUAAUGUGAUACUGGAAAACUAUCCAAGCCUGCUCACAUGCCGAAGCAUUUCAGACAAAGGUUUAAACCUCUUACCAGCACAAGAUAUGGUGGCACCUGAUGCCCGUGUUCCUGUCACAAUGUCCAUGCGUAUUAAGAGGCAGAAAAAGGAGAAAGAAGCACCUCAUGUGGAAAGUCAAGACCCGUCUGCUGCACCAUUACUAAAUUCAGCUGCAGCUUCUCAUGCUGUUGUUGUUAAAACACAAAGUAAUCCAGUUCCAGCUAUCCGUGAUACCCAGCAAAACUUCAAGAAGCAGAUUUGUACUGCACCUACAGCCCCACAUACCAACUAUCUGAGAGGGAUUCGUGUCCACAGGAAUUCUGUCAUGUAUCGAGGAGCUACUCUCAACACCAAUAAAUAUAGGUUGCGUGCAUCAUCCUGCCCGGACAUUUAUCGGAAUUCCAUGACAACGAUAGCAAAGGAAACCGAAGAGAAAUGGUAUUCGGAUAUUCUUGAAAUGAUGAAAGUUAUGGGAGAUUUCUCAAUGUUUCUAGAAUGGCACUUUUUCCUAAUGUCUUGGUCGACUAUUAUUCUGUUCACUUGGUUUAUUGUGCCAUACUUCUACUUAGCUGAUUAUGUGCGAAUAUACAACUACUCGGAAUCAGAAUCAUCUAGUCUGCUUAGUAUAAUUGGUGUGACUAACUGUGCUGGAAUGAUUAUCUUGGGUUGGGCAGGUGAUCAACCAUGGAUGAAUGUACAGAAGUCAUACUCUGUGUGCCUGUUUUUAUGUGGCACAGUAACAAUGUUGAUACCUCUUGUGAUUCAGUACUAUUGGCCAGUUGCUAUAUUGUCAGCCCUCUUUGGUUGGUUUUUUGCCUCCAUGUUCUCUUUUACACCAGCCAUUGUUGUGCAACUGAUUCCAUUAGAACGCUUCACACCGGCAUAUGGGCUUAUUUUGCUGUGUCAGGGUAUUGGAAAUCUCAUUGGACCUCCAAUUGCAGGAGGUUUAUUUGAUAUAACUGGUGUCUGGGACUAUUCAUUCUACAUGGCUGGAGUCUGGAUCAUUUUCUCAGGUGCCCUAAUUGCAUUAAUACCUAUGACUAAAAACCGUGUUAUGUGUUGUGGUGGAGUACUGUCUAUGGAGCGUGACCGUGGGGACUCCGUCAGUAUGGCAUAGGUGUACUUAAAGACAGUCUGUAAAUAGAAUGGAUGGAUGUUGCUCUUACAGUGUGUAAGUCGAAUGACAUUAACAGUAUGUCACUGUAUGCGUAAAGUCUCUAUAAGGAAAAAAGUCAGUAUCUUGUAUUAUUAUUAUUACUGUACUUAAAUUUUUCCCACAUUGGAGAAAUUUUUUUGGAAUAAUCUUACAUUUAAAUUUUUACUUGUAGUGUGAAUGUGCGGCUUUCAGCUGCAUCACGGGAUGGUAAAUGAACAUUGUUAAUGAGUAACAAUGAAAUAAGACUUCCUGUACAAUGGAAAAUUGUUUGGCACCACAUUGCUGAAGUGCAUUAAAUGCAUGAAAACAUAUUGAUCUGGAAGUUACGUAAAUUAUUUUGCUGUCAUAAUUGCAAACAAUUUUUUCAUGUGUUUUUGUGGGCUUCCUGUCAUAAUUUCUACCAUAUUAAGAGAACCGAGGUGACAUGGAGGUAGAUACACAAAUCCUUGUACGCUUAUUGAUUAAUUAGAUGACACAUCCUAUGAAUAGGUGCUGUACACUAAGUUUCAUUUUGAAGUCCUGCUGUUAUGUUGCCAGUAUAGUAUUGUAUUUCCAGUCCACAAUGGCAGUGCAUGACAAGUAGAUGUAGAACACAUUCAUUACAGUGGUAAGAAUAUGGGUGUGUCCUACUACUUGGCAGGAUGACACAUCUCUUCCCAUAAAAUCUUGUUGCCCUUGUCUCAUUACCUACUUUGAAAACCAUGGAUUUAUAUUGUAAGGUCUGUCAUUUCAGUGUUAUACUGUAAUGAUUGUUUAAAAUAUCAUAUUCUUGCAUAUAAUACAUUUUGUAAAUGCAUAUAUAGUACCUGUAAUCGCUCUAUAGUAUAAUCAGAUUUCAGUCAACAUUUUAGCUCCCAUAAUAUGUUACACAUUCAUUGCCAUUGUGACCUGAAAAUUGAGAAAAGAGCUAUAAUCACUCUGGGUGCUUCAAAAUAUGCUAAAAAAGUGUUGAAUGUCAGUGGAUGUAUAAGAGAUUCAUCUGUUUUUGUGUACUUAAACAAUAGUGUGAUUUAUAUGAUCAGUGUAGUUCUAUUCAGAAUCGCAUUGUUACAGUUUGUCAAAACUACUACUCAUUUUGUUGUCUUCAUUUUAUUUUACACACACAAUUGUAAUAAUCAGAAAUAUUUAAUUUUAUGUGAGCUGGGAACAGGAAUACACCAAAGAUAAAUGGACUGAGCAUUAUCUUCAAUUGCUGCUUAAUGAUUGUGUGUAGCUGUAAGUACAUACAUGGACAGAGGAAGAUGCUUUAUGUACUUGUUGUGUGUUUCUGGAAACAAAAUUGUGAUGUGAAAGAAGACUUUAUCAUGCAUAAAUGUUAACAAUUAUAUACUAACUAUUUUUCAGAUAUGACAAAAUUUUAUUGUCUGUACUUAAUUAGUUUCAGGUAGAACUACAAAGACUGUGAAUUUUGCAUCAGAAUUAUUAAGAAAUUUGUUUAUUUUUUACUUUUUAUGUAAGAAGAAUCGAAUAUAUGUCAUGAUGAAAGGUUCAGAGAUGUUGUAUUCCUCUUAAACAACAGUGCCUUGUAACAUGAAAUGUUGUCCAUGAUUUACAUGACAAGACAAUUUUUAAUAUAGGCCUUCUCAACAUGUAUUACAUACUAGUGACCCACCCUGGUUUUGCAUGUGUAGUACUACGUAUCUAUGUCCAAACAACUUGUUGUGGCAUAGCGGCAAUUUUGUUUAUGGGUCAUUAUGUAACGUUAUGAUUAAAAUUCAGAUGUUAGUGUUAGUGCCCGACUCCUGCAUCUGUUUAGUGUGAGCUACCUUUUGUGUGUGAACUUUUUCCAUGCACACCCCUUAAACAUUAAUUCUAUACAAAGAAAUCUGUUCUUACCAGCUUAAUGUCUGAUAUGUUCUGCAUCACAGGUCGUUUAGCAAGUCAGAAGUAGCUCAUGGUGGCCUCCCAGCAGUGAUAGCUUGCAUUGACCUGGUGCUGCAGUCAGGCAGCCUUAUACAUUUCUCCUGUACCCAUAUACCUUCCUCGUGAAGCAGUCUGUCUGCCAGUGAGCUACAGCAGGGGUCUUAACUUUAUAUCUGUGCAGAAGAUUUGGUAUUAACCGCCUGAUGAAAUUCAACAACAGUGUUUACUUUUCUUUUAAAUCAUAGUACUUUUAGGCAUGCGCCUGUUUUACAGGCAUAAGAAUUGAUAGCAACCUGUAUGAAUGAAAUUCAGAAUUAAUUUGUGAAUCUGAAGUUACAUGUGCACAGGCUCUUCCAUUAUCUCUUUUUUUUUCUUCAUCUUUUGCAUGUAAAUUAAUUUUUACACACAUUAAUACUGCUCAUCCAAGACUGUUGUAGAACUGACAUUUCACAGAGUCUGUGGAAGUUUGAAUACGUCGGUUUUACAUUGCAUGAUUUUAUUCAUAGAUUUAUGUGUAAGUGAAAUGAUCUAUUUCAUUGCUGCCUCAACCAGUGUUAUUCUGUAUAUGUUGAAAAUUGUUUGUACCGGAAAACUUGAAAUAGUUUAUGGCUAGCACAGGUGGAAUUUUCGGAAAAUAUGUUAUAAAUCUAGGUGUUUCUUAAUUUUCCAGUGGAGUAUGAGAAAUUAGAUGAAAGAAAAACUUUUAUGUAAGUUCAUUCUCUCCUUUUGGAUAUGUAGCUUACAUCCAACAUAUUAAGGUUUUAUGUUUGUGGUAGGAAAUUAUUUAGUGUGACUAAUAAGUGUAGAAAACGUGUAAUCAACAAAUUAGGAAAAAUGGUAGGAUGUCUAAGAAGUUUCAUGCAGUAUGAGUUACAGAUAUUCACUUUUGUUCAGAAAGGAAGUAGAAACACAGAGUUCUUCUUGUAAGAAUUCAGCAGAUUGUACAUUUAUAGUGUAUUCUUCUGGGACUCUCAGUACCAUGCACUUAAUGAUGAUCUUUUUUAUAUAUAUAUUUUGGUAGCCCAAUUACUUCAAGAAAUGAAGAGUAAUUAAUUAAAAGAAAUAAAUGAAGAUUCAAGUAUGAAAUGUAUUUUGUUGAAUGGAGUAGCUUGCUUUUUCAACUUUUCAAAUAUAUCAUUUUUGUGACUGUCAGACAGUAUGAAUUACUUAAUUAGUUUGGAGAUGAUUGGAAGCAGAGAUGAAGGUUCGCUAGCUCAGAUGCUACUCUCAUUGCAUCCUGUUAACUAUUUUUUCUUAUGCAUGUAUACAAAAUUAAUAAUUAUUAUUUGUUGAUUUUGUCAGAGAAAUGUCAUUGCAGAAUGUGUAAAAAAAAAAUGUAACAUUGGAAGAAAUCUGAAACUGGUACUUAAAAGCAAGUGAUUUGUUGUUCAUCGUGAGAUAUUGAUAGUGAAGAAUGAUUAUAUCUAGAGUGCUUAGUGUUAUAGUACCACAUUGUUUUUUGUGUUAUGUUGUCAUUUGUCUGCGUAUGUGUGAUUUGAAAAAGUAUUACUUUCAGAUUUGUGAAAUAUUGUGAUGUAAUAAAUGAUAUAAAAUGAAACUUAUUUUUUAAUGACCAGUAUUUUGUUUUGUACCAAGAGUUUGUGUUAAUUCUUUUUCUGUACUGUAUGUGUACUGUUUUGUAAAAGAAAAAUGAUGUAACAUUUAGCUAUUUUUUAUAGCUUGUUUAAUGCAUGUUCACUUGAUUUCACAACUGUCAUAUCUCAUGUAGGCAAGUACAUAAUUUUACAAAGUGAUGUGUAACUAGUCAUUCAACUGACUUCAUGCUUGGUCAGAUGUAAAAAGUGAGGUAUUUAAUACAAACCUUUUUACCAGUGUACAAAUAUUUCAUUAAAGAAAGUAGUGUACAUUCUUUGUUGACGAUUAAACAAUUUCAUUAUUUUAUA